GCUUUCCGGCGGUUGCGCCGGGCCGGGGCGCCAGCGCCCGCCUUCCCGUUUCCUCCCGUUCCGCAGCGCGCCCACGGCCUGUGACCCCGGCGAUCGCUCCUCAGUGACGAGAGAGCGGGGCCGGGCGCGGCUCCAGCCUGACCUGCGAAGGGACCUUGGUCCAGUCCCCUGUUGCGCCGCGCCUCCCGUCCGUCCGUGCGCGGGCCAGUCUGGGGCCAGUGUCUCGAGCGGUCGAGGUCGCAGAGCUAGAGGCGUCCCACAGGUCGGCCCGGGGCGCUGGGAGCGCCGGCCGCGGGCCAGGUGGGGAUGCCCCUGCACGUGAAGUGGCCGUUCCCCGCGGUGCCGCCGCUCACCUGGACCCUAGCCAGCAGCGUCGUCAUGGGCUUGGUGGGCACCUACAGCUGCUUCUGGACCAGUGAGUGGGCCCAGGCCGAGGCAGGCCCCCCCGGGUACCCAUGCCCGGCCGGAGAGUACAUGAACCACUUGACCGUGCACAACAAGGAGGUGCUGUACGAGCUCAUCGAGAACCGAGGCCCGGCCACGCCCCUCAUCACCGUGUCCAAUCACCAGUCCUGCAUGGACGACCCUCAUCUCUGGGGGAUCCUGAAACUCCGCCACAUCUGGAACCUGAAGUUGAUGCGUUGGACCCCUGCAGCUGCAGACAUCUGCUUCACCAAGGAGCUACACUCCCACUUCUUCAGCUUGGGCAAGUGUGUGCCUGUGUGCCGAGGAGCAGAAUUUUUCCAAGCAGAGAAUGAGGGGAAAGGUGUUCUAGACACAGGCAGGCACAUGCCAGGUGCUGGAAAAAGAAGAGAGAAAGGAGAUGGCGUCUACCAGAAGGGGAUGGACUUCAUUUUGGAGAAGCUCAACCAUGGGGACUGGGUGCAUAUCUUCCCAGAAGGAAUCGGGCGCCUGAUUGCCGAGUGUCAUCUCAACCCCAUCAUCCUGCCCCUGUGGCAUGUCGGAAUGAAUGACGUCCUUCCUAACAGUCCGCCCUACUUCCCCCGCUUUGGACAGAAAAUCACCGUGCUGAUCGGGAAGCCCUUCAGUGCCCUGCCUGUACUCGAGCGGCUCCGGGCGGAGAACAAGUCAGCUGUGGAGAUGCGGAAAGCCCUGACGGACUUCAUUCAAGAGGAAUUCCAGCGUCUGAAGACCCAGGCAGAGCAGCUCCACAACCACCUCCAGCCUGGGAGAUAGGCCUUGCUUGCUGCCUUCUGGAUUCUUGGCCUGCACAGAGCUGGGGCUGAGGGAUGGACUAAUGCUUUUAGCUCAAAUGUGGCUUUUAGACAGAUUUGUUCAUAGACCCUCUCAAGUGCCCUCUCCGAGCCGGUAGGCAUUCCAGCUCCUCCGUGCUUCCUCAGUUAAACGAAGGACCUCAGCUGCUUCUCCCACUUGGCCAAGCAGGGAGGAAGAAGCUUAGGCAGGGCCUUCUUUCCUUCUUGCCUUCAGACGUUCUCUCCCAGGGGCUGGCAUCAGGAGGGAGCAUAGAAGGCAGGUGAGCAACCAGUUGGCUAGGGGAGCAGGGGGCCCACCAGAGCUGUGGAGAGGGGACCCUAAGACUCCUCGGCCUGGCUUCUACCCACCGCCCUUGCCAAACCAGGAGCUGCUCACGACCUCCUCAGGGAUGGCCAUUGGCCACGUCUUCCUUCUGCCUGAGCUUCCCCCUGCCACAGGCCCUUUCCUCGGGCAAGGUCUGGCCUCAGGUGGGCCGCAGGCGGGAAGAGCAGCCCUUGGCCAGAAGUCAAGCCCAGCCACGUGGAGCCUAGAGUGAGGGCCUGAGGUCUGGCUGCUUGCCCCCAUGCUGGGGCCAACGACUUCUCCAUCCUUUCUGCCUCUCAACAUCACUUGAGUCCUAGGGCCUGGGUUUUCAUGUUUUUGAGACAGAACCAUAAAGCAUAUGUGUUGGCUUGUUGUAAAA